CUUGAGAAUAGGGACAAAACAGGUCCCAUGGAUAAAGUACAAAAUUUGAAUAAAAUAUACACCAAAUAUAUAUUUUUUAAAUAUCUGACUAAACUAACCUGGGUCAUCUGAGCACAACAAUGUAUGUUUUCCUGGUGUUUGCUGAAUAUUUUUUUAUUUUAAACAUUGUAGUAGGUGAAUGGUGUCUGUAAAAGCCCUUGUCCUGGUGUAGAACUCAAUACAUUAUCAUAGUUUAAAAGAACUAAAAUAAUUAUAUUUAGUUGUCAUAAUAUAUUAUUUUAUAAGUAUUCAAACAACUAACUUCAUAACUAUCAAUGAAUGCAAUUAAAAGUCAUUUAAUGUAUUUUCAAAUUCAAUUGAAAUUGUGUCCUCAGUUUUUGUCAACACCGUCAGACAUAGAAAGAAUGUGAAAAAAAUCAGGCAUUAUUGAAGGGCACCAGAAAUUCUGAGGACCCCAUGACCACUUCCUUUCUCUUCCUGUGCUUGGGGGGAUAAGCAGCUCUGGCUACAAUGGCCAGAGAAAAGCUGUCAGUGGAGGAGCGCAAGAGAAGGAACAGGGAGUAUCAGAAAAGAAGGAGAGAAAAAAUAAAUAGCCAGCCUGAGCUGAAGGAAGAGUUUUUAAGAAAGGAAAGGAAAAGAUGGAGACAGAGAGUGGAAGAGGGAAAAAUAAAACAUAUCAAUAAUCUGGGUGAAAGAGAUAAGAGACGUAAGAGAAGACUUUGGAAGCAAAAACAAAAGGAGGCAAGAGAACGCAGAAGUACAAUCCUGUCACUAUGGACAAAAUCUCCCGCAGAUCACACUUCACACAGGCAUGUUCUACACUGGGCAACAAAAAGCAGGAUUCUGCACAAUCUCGGAGUCAAAGCGUCAGGAUGCUGCAGCCAUAUGGACCUAUAUGGAUCAAAUCCUCACAGAUAUUCACAUCAGAUAUCCGGCUAUAAACACUAUCCACUUUUGGUCUGAUGGUCCAAGCAAACAAUAUAAAAAUAAGAAGAACUUCUUUCUCCUCUGUGUUGUCCCGCAACGUCUGGGAUUUGAGAAAGCUACAUGGAAUUUCUUCCCAACAUCACAUGGCAAAGGCGCUCCAGAUGGCAUUGGGGCGACGGUGAAGAGAUGUGCUGACAGUAUUGUGCUGAGAGGUCAGGAUAUCAUAGAUGGCAAAUUAUUCUUUGACAAGGUGUCCAACAGCUUAAGUGGUGUCAAGCUGCAAUUUGUGACAAAUGAAGAUUUUCAGUCUUAUGACUCUCUCCUCCUGCAAACCCUGAAAUCAAUUCCAGGAACAAGAAACAUUCACCAAGUGCUAGCUCAGGGGAAUGUCAUCCAUUGUAGGUUCCUUUCAUGUUUUUGCGGAGAGCCACAGAUUUGCAAGUGCUUCAGUCCCACCAUUCACUCUUUUGGCAACACAACACAGGACCCAGAUGUCCAUGAAAGUUCAACCACUGCUAAAGUUCAAAAUCCUCUGGAAAUGCUGAUGGAGGAAAUGGAGAAGGAGCCGAGCAAGACACCUAAAGGAACAACAACCCUGAUAGAUCCUUGUGAUGUCCAAAGUGAAGACUGGCUUGUUGUGAUGUAUGAUGGAAAAUGGUGGCUGGCUAAAGCCUUACAAAUUGACAAAGAGCACGAAGAUGUACAAGUGGAAUUUUUUCAUCCUCAUGGACCAACUCUUAGCUUCAAGCAAAAACAAGGUCGUCGGGAUAUCUGCUUUGUGCCAUUUUCGGAUGUCCUAGUUAGGCUGAGAAAACCAUCCUCACCAGUCCGCACAAGCAGCACCAGGGGUGUAUACCGCAUUUCACCAGCUGUUAUGGAUUUUAUUGAAGGAGAAUAUGUGACACGUCUAUUGCCUGGGGAUUAAAUAUUCUGACUUUUAAGCGAUUUAGAAAGAUAUGAAUUAGUUCACAAUAUAUUUCAAAAAGUUCUGUUGUGUAUAUUUUUGUUUGUAUUCAUCUUUUACAUUUUGAUUGAAAAUCGUCCUGGUUGAUGACUUCAGUGACAAAGGUACAUUCUCAAAAAUUUAGAUGUUCCUUGAAAUCUAAAUAUGGUUAUUUCACAUUUUUUCUUCAUAUCUUCACAUUCUACAACAUUUCAGCAUUUAAUUCUUCUUAAAUGUCAUUUCAAGUUCAGUGUUUUCUUUUUACUUACUAGUUUGUCACCACCAUCAGUUUUGUGUCAACACCGUCAUGUGCCGUCAACUCUGUCAGAUGUAGUUUAUGUUGCAUUUUGUUUAAAAUAACAUUUAUUUUGUUUCUUGAUAGGCAUUUGUUUGUGAAAUGUCUGAAUUCAUGUAUUUGGUGCAUAUGUGUUUUUUACUAAUAAAUGACACUGUUCAUUGUGGUGAUUACUUUCAAAAUUGUUUUUUGUAUCAAUUGAACUGGAGUAAUUAAAUACAGACUAAAUAAAUGUUUAAA